AAUAGGGAAAUUUCCUCCCUCUCUCUCUCUCUCUCUCUUUUUCAAAGUUCAGCUUAUUCAGCUUAGCCUUGUAGAGCUGUCCAGCAGGCCUAGUCUUUGCUGCAGCUCUUGGCCAAAUACAGCAGCCGCAACCUGUUGAGCUCAAUGAGAAGCAAGUUUCACUAUUCAGUAUUUUAAUAACACCCGACCAGUGCAGCAACUAAAACUCACCUGAAUUGGAAAAUCAAAUUUUUACUUCAAAAUGUUACUGAAACUACUUGAAAGCCCGAAUUGUUUGCUAAAUCGCAGAAAUCGCUAUCAAUUUCUGUCCACGCUGUUCAUAAACCUGAUAUGCAUUGCACAUGGCAUUGGCGUCGGCUGGCUGUCGCCCACAUUACGUAAGAUACAGUCCGUUGAUUCGCCCCUCGACUUCUCGCUGAGUAUCUCGGAAAUCUCCUGGGUGGGCUCCGCCCUGGGCCUAGGCGCCGUGGUGGGAAACAUCCUGAUGGGACUGGUUCAUUCUCGGCUUGGCAGUCGCCUCAGCCUGCUCUUCAUAGCCUUCCCACACUCGUGCCUGUGGAUCCUUGUUUACUUUGCUAAGAGCGCGGAGUAUCUGUUCAUUGGACGCUUCCUGGCUGGCAUUACCAGUGGUAGCCUAUACGUUGUCCACCCUAUAUUCCUAAGCGAAAUAUCGGACUCUAAAAUUCGAGGGACUUUCGGGUCUAUGGUUUUCCUCUCUGUAAACGUUGGAGUACUUCUGGGCUACAUACUGGGAACCCAUCUGGCCUAUCACAUAAUUCCGUUCGUAGUGCUCAUAUUACCCAUUAGUUACUUCAUUUCGAAUCUCUUCUUCAUACGCGAGUCUCCGAUGCAUCUGAUUCGCAAGGGCAAGUACUCAGAGGCUGAGCAAUCCUUCAGAUACUAUAAGAACAUUAGAGAAGACAACCAGAUAAGCGAAAUGCAAGAAUUCGAUGCUAUGAAGGAGGCACUGACACUGAGCGACAAGAACUUGAAUAGGGUCACCAUCAAGGACUUCUUAACACGACCUGCCUUGAAAGCUUAUGGUUCGGCUGCUGUGCUGAGUUUUGUGAGUCAAUGCAGUGGUCUUCUGGCCAUGAUCAGCUAUAUGGCGGACAUAUUUGCUCUGUCGGGCAGCACUAUGGACCCAGAUACCUGCACCAUUGUCAUAGGGAUUAUUCAGAUUUUGGGCACGUAUACGACAACGCUGCUCUGCGACAUCUGGGGUCGUAGAAUCCUGUUGAUCGUCUCCUCAGCCGGCGUGGCUGUCAGUCUGACCUCCUUUGGUCUAUUCAGCUACUACGCACAGUCUUACGACUUAAGUCAAUGGAGCUGGGCUCCACUGCUCUUCAUGUCCCUGAAUAUCUAUCUAGGCAACAUCGGACUCAUGGGCUGCUACUUUGUCGUGAUUGUCGAGAUAUUUCCAUUCAAGAUACGCACCAAAGCAACAUCGGCUGCACUUGUCGUCUGCGGUAUCUUCUUUUUUGUCAGCCUCAAAGUUUUUCCCGUUUGUAUGGAUCAAUGGGGUAUACCGCUGACGAUGUGGUCCUGUGCGGCCAUCUCUGCACUUGGGUUCUUUUACUUUGUGUUCUCUCUGAAGGAAACCAUGGGCAAGUCUAUGCUGGAGGACUAAAGCGGAAUGGAAAUGAUUGAAGCAAUGGCAAUAUCUUAGUAAAGAUGCAGACAAAUAUG